AUGGAUACCCCAAAUGUGAGAGAUGAUGAGGUAGUGAUUGAUAAUCAUGGUGUAGUGCUGGGGAAUGAUGAUGAUGAUGUGGUUUUAGAGCCAACGCCUGGAAAUGAUGAUGAUGGGGUUUUAGAGCCAACGUCGGGGAGGCUUUUUAAAACUGAGAAAGAAUUCAUUUACUACUACAAGCAAUAUGGGAGACAUACUGGAUUCAGCAUAAUGACCCAAAUAAGUAAAAGGGAAGAUGAUGAGAGUGUUAGAUAUGUAACACUUGGUUGUACUCGUGGUGGUAAGGCAAUGAAACAUAUUACCAACAUUUCUAAACCACGCCUGACAACAAAGAUUGAUUGUAAGGCGAGAAUUAAUGUAGUUUUGGUUGAUAGUGUCAUAUUUAUAGCUACUAUACAGUUAGAUAUUAACGACAAGGCAGACAUAUGUAUGACCAAAAGUUUUAACGCAUUGGUUGUCGAUGCUGGUGGUUUUGAGAAACUUCCAGUUAUUGAAAAAGAUGCAAGGAAUUAUAUAGAUAAGGCUCGACACCUUAGACUUGGCAAAGGAGGUGCUGAUGCACUUCGUGGUUAUUUUGAGAGGAUGCAGUAUAAGAAUGAUGAGUUUUACUCAUCGAUGGAUUUGGAUGAUGAUGAUCGAUUAAAAAAUGUUUUUUGGGCUGAUGCACGUAGCAGAGCAGCAUAUGAGUAUUUUGGGGAUAUUGUGACAUUUGAUACAAUAUACCUAACAAAUAGAUAUGGCAUGUCAUUUGCUCCAUUUGUCGGUGUAAACCACCAUGGACAGUCAAUACUUUUGGGAGCAGGCUUGAUAUCAAGUGAAAAUACUGAAAUAUUUAUUUGGUUAUUUGACACUUGUUUGAAAUGUAUGGAUGGGAGGGUGCAAAAGCUAUCAUCACUGAUCAAGUCAGGGUCAUGA